AUGAACCUGCUGCUACUACUAUGCACACUUGGACUUGUUGCACUGACCGCAGCUGAACCUCGGCUGAGGUUAUCCAGCGCUGAAGAGGACCUUGUACGACGAGCGAAGGUACUGCUCAAGAAGAAAGGAAACAUGUGGGGAACGCCUUCAAAAACGUAUGGUUAUACAAAUUUAGCAGAAAAGAGACGCGUUCGUGAACUCUUCGGAAAACGAUCUGCUAUAUCAGCCACUCCCGAAAACGAAGCGGAGCUGUCGGAUGAACAAUAUCAACCGGUAGAUGAUCUCCUGAUGGAACUGCAUCGCGAUCGACGAGGACGUGUACGAGAACUGUUCGGCUAA